AUGUUCCUACAUAGAAACACAGCGAUUUUCAUCCUCGUCAGCUUUGCUGUCAGCGCACCUUCGGAGGCGUUCUUCCUCAAAUGGGGCUCAGACUCCGGAAGUCAAACCUCGUCAAGAAACUGGGUACAACCCGUUUCACCUUACCGAUACCAAUACAUGUACCCCUACGAAUCGAGAAAGCUGUACCAGAUACCACAGCAGUACCCGCAGCCUGAGAUGAUCCAACAAAACAUGGCGCCCAUACCUAUAAGCGUACCUGCGGGAGCCAGUUUAACCCCAGUGUCCCUACAACAUGUGCAACUCGUGCCCUGUAUGUGCCCCGUGGCCCCUGAAGAGGCGGAGAAACUACAAGAGCAAGUAGGCCCGGGCCCUUAUGUCGCCCAGUCGUACCCUCAGACUUACUCCGUGCCACAACAACUUCAGGUCGCGGAGUCGCCAAAAACAAAUUCCCAACAGUAA